AUGCCCAGUGCUCUGUCUCUCUCGCUCCUACGUCGAAUCGCUCUCUCCUUCUCUCUCUAUGAUUGUUACAUAUUCAUGGGCUGCUACUGGUCCUACGCGAUCUACAUCACUUUAUUUGUGGACCAGGGUUUGGACCGUUUCUUUUAUAAACGACUUGCUGGCCAGCUGGAGUUGAAACACUACUACUGCCGGUCCGGGUCUGUGUACGAGCAAUACGCAAUAGCUGGCCAGCAAAAGAAACUCGUGUACGUCUACCGGCUUCGUCUUCUCAACACUUCAGUUAAAAGGAAGCGCUUACACAACUAUGAUGAUGAAGUUAGAGGUUUAUUCUCUGAUUUUAAAGCUUUAUUCGAUAAAGUGGUCUAUGAUGAUCCUGGUUCUGAUUAUGACGAAACUGAAGCAUGCUCUAUGCAAGAUGAAAUUUCGGACUUGUACAUUUCUCUGAUCAGUGACUUGAAAAUAGUGUUACCUGCUAAAACUAAAGAAGUAACACCUCCCACCCAACCAUCUCUGCGACUGCCCAAAUUUGAGUUGCCCAAAUUCAGCGGUAGCUACGAAGAAUGGGUGUUUUCCAAAGAUGGUCAGCAAACUGUACUCCGUGCUGUGCUCGACUCUGCAUCUCAACUUACAUUGAUAUCUGAAAGAGCUGUUCAGCUCAUCAGUGCCUCCCGUACUCGAGCACAUGAUGAAAUCCAAGGAAUUUCUGGCUCACUAAUUCAUUCUAGAGGAAUAGUGCACAUUGAUAUAUCUGCAGUUAAUGGUCAACGCUUAGCCUACCAUCAUCCAUGCUUGGUUUUGAAUCGUAUCACUUCACCACUGCCUCAGAUCCCAGUCUCACCUCAAGUGAAGGGAUCUUUAAAUGAUUUUGUUCUUGCAGACCCCUGUUUUGAUAAACCUGGAGAAAUUGAUCUAUUGAUCGGAGCUGAUUUAUUCGCUCUCUCACUGACUGGUGAGCAGCACUUCUUAGGCCAUAACCUGCCCCAAGUUUUAGGAACUAUAUUCGGAUUUGUUGUAAUGGGCAUAGCUCCUGUUGCUACAUCUGAGUUAUCAAUCCCAAAAACUGUUUCUUUUCUCACUACACAUGAUGGAGACCUUCACAGUUCACUUCAAAGGUUUUGGUCAAUCGAAGAACCCCCGACAUGUGUCAAGACUCAGUCAGAAGAAGAUGUUCUCUGCUUACAGCAUUUUGAAAGAACCCAUACACGUGAUAACUCUGGUCGAUAUGUUGUUAAGUUACCGAAAAGACCAAAUCAUCCUCUAUUAGGUGAAUCUUGUAGUACAGCUCAACUUAGACUUAAAGCGAUGGAAAGAAAAUUUGCUGCUCAGCCCGAAUUCAAAGAUUUAUACUCCGAAUUUAUGGAUGACUACAUCAAAUCAGGUCACAUGAGUGCAUGUGAGCAACCCCUUUCUGGUGAAUGUUACUAUUUACCCCAUCAUGGAGUAUUUAAGGAGAAUCCCCCUAAUUCCAAAAUACGAGUCGUAUUUGAUGGUAGUUCCAAAACAAAUAAUGGCGUCUCCCUAAACGAUAUCCUCAUGCCUGGCCCUAAGUUGCAGAAUGAUAUUAGUGAUGUCUUGCUGUACUUUAGGUGUCACAAGUUUGUGUUCACUUGUGAUAUACGACAGAUGUACCGCCAGAUUCUGGUGGCUGAAGAUGACAAGAAAUAUCAGUUAAUCUUUUGGCGAUCCAACCCUGAUGAAUCCCUUCAAGUCUUAAAGCUAAAUACCGUCACCUACGGUCUCAACUGUUCCCCGUUCAUUGCAAUCAGAACAUUACAACAAUUGGUCAAAGAUGAGGGUCACUCAUACCCCAAGGCGUCUGAGAUUCUAACUAAAUCAAUAUUUUAUGACGACAUCAUCGCUGGAGCAGAAAGUCUUGAUGAAGCUUUGUCUGCACAGAAUGAACUCAAGAACUUGCUCUCUAGAGGAGGUUUUGAACUCCGAAAAUGGAUUAGCAACGCACCCCAACUAUUGGACCAAGUCCCAAUUGAACACAAAGAGACUCCAGUGGAGUUAACUGAAAAUAGUGAAGCCUUCUUCAGUGUCCUAGGUCUAAAAUGGACUCCAGAGUCUGACAUGCUUUCUUACAAGGUUAAGGAUGUUGAAAUAAGUGCUAUACUUACAAAGAGAAGAAUAUUAUUUACAAUCGCUAAACUGUACGAUUUACCAGGAUUUCUUACACCCGUAAUUUUCUGGGCAAAAACACUUAUUCAGUAUCUCUGGACAACAGGGCUAACUUGGGAUGAACCUGUUCCAAAUGAUGUUAGAACCAAGUGGCAUUCAUUCUUAGAAGAACUCCCAAUAAUUCAAGAAUUAAGAAUUCCACGCUACAUUUCUACUUCUCUGCAUACGGCUGUGCAACUCCACGGCUUCAGCGAUGCUUCAGAGAAAGGCUACGCUGCUGUUGUCUACCUUCGUGUCACUGACUCUCAAGAGAAUACAAGGCUCUAUCUCAUCGUCUCUAAAUCAAAAGUCGCUCCUUUGAAAAGAAUUUCUCUGCCACGGCUUGAACUUUGUGGCGCUCACUUACUGGGAAAACUUCUUCAAUAUUCUUCAAACAUACUCUCUGCUCAUAUGAAGAUUGAAUCAAUCUAUGCUUGGUGUGACUCCACAAUUGUCCUAACCUGGAUACGUACUCUUCCAUACCGCUUGAAAGUCUUCAUUGCCAAUCGUAUUUCAGAACUCCAAGAAUUGGUCUCUCCUCACUCAUGGAAUUAUGUCAAAUCUCAAGACAACCCGGCAGAUUGCGCCACUCGUGGUCUUUCACCCUCUCAACUUGUGACUCAUCAUUUAUGGUGGAAUGGACCGGAAUGGUUACAGUCAUCGUCAGAUUCUUGGCCUAAGCCAAAAUUCACACCUGUUAUUGAUGAUGACACUCUUGAAAUAAGGCCAAAUCCUCUAAACGUUCUAGCAACCACAGAGAAGAUUAAACUCACUGAUUUUGAUAUACUGGAAAAAUAUUCAUGUUUCAGGAAACUUGUAAAUGUCAUGGCAUAUAUAUUGCGAUUCAUUCAUAAUCUACAAGCCAAUGAUUCCCGCAUCGGCCGACUUACUUGCCAAGAAACUUCGUCUGCGAAAUUAAGAAUUUUUAAACUCAUACAAAAUACAUCAUUUAAGGAUGACAUCUCUGCUCUCAAAAAGGGAUCUCAAUGCAGCUUAAAACUUGCUCGUUUAUCCCCAUAUAUUGAUGACAGUGGAAUAGUGCGAGUAGGCGGCAGGUUGAAACAUUCCAACCUUACACAAGAUGCGAAACAUCCAGUUUUGUUACCUAAAUCUCACUGUGCUGUCAAACUGUUGAUUAUGCAUUAUCACCUAAAGCAUCUACACGCAGGCCCUCAAUUGCUGCAGUCUAUUCUGUCUCAAGAGGUUUGGAUAUUAUCAGCCCGCAGCGUGAUAAGAUCUGUGAUUUUCAAGUGUCAAAGAUGUUUCAGACUUAAGCCUGUAAACAAACCUCCACUGAUGGGAGAUCUUCCUGAAACUCGAUUAAAACCUGUAAGGCCAUUCUAUCACACUGGCAUGGACUAUAGUGGACAUUUUGACAUUAAAGUUCAUUCAACUAGGAACACUCAACGGUUAAAAUCAUACCUCUGCCUCUUUGUAUGUUUUGCUACGAAAGCUGUGCACCUAGAAAUUGUAACAGACCUAUCUGUAGACUCCUUCAUAGCUGCACUAAAACGUUUUGUUUCUCGUCGUGGAUUGUGUGCCCACUUAUACUCAGAUUGCGGAACUAACUAUGUUGGAGCCUCAAAGCAACUCAUGAAAACUUUUCAGAAUUUCAUCAAGGAAUCAAACACUAAAGAUGCUCUUAACAACUUCGCGUUAGAUCACUCAAUAAAUUUCCACUUUCAACCACCAGCCGCUCCCCACCAAGGAGGCCUAUGGGAGAGUGCUAUAAAAAGUUCUAAAUAUCAUCUGAAAAGAGUCAUAGGCGAUAGAGUUCUAACACUAAUGGAAAUAAUAACACUCGCCACACAGGUGGAGGCUGUACUAAACUCGAGACCUUUGACAGCGUUAUCCGCAGAUCCAUCCGACAUCUCAGCCCUUACUCCGAGUCAUUUUCUUAUCGGCACUUCUCUUGUGGCAGUACCGGAACCAAAUCUUGAAGAAGUUCCCGAAAAUCGUCUCAACCAUUGGCAAACUGUACAAGCCCUACAUCAACGCUUCUGGCGACGUUGGCAUCAAGAAUAUUUACAUCAGCUACAACAAAGAAAGAAAUGGGAAAAGCCCAACAAGAAUCUAGAAGUGGGUGAUCUCGUUAUAAUUCAGGACCCUAGAACACCACCACUACUCUGGCCUCUUGGACGCAUAGUGAAGACUUCGCCUGGAUCGGACGGCAUCGUCCGAGUUGUCACCAUCAAGACUCAGCGGGGAACCUUCUGUCGUCCUGCUACCAAGGUGUACCCGCUCCCCUGA